GACCCUAAAUCCAAAAAGGUCGUCAUCAGAAAAGGAGAAAACCAUGCCGAUAAUAUUAUGGACCACUCGAAAAGCUCUUUUUCAGUUAUGUUUGCUGCUGCCGCGGACGGUUUCGUUCUUCCACCUUAUGUUGUCUAUGCUUCCGUUCACCUCUACAGCACAUGGACCGAAGGAGGGCCAAAGGGUACCAGAUAUAACCGUUCCAAAUCCGGCUGGUUUGAUAAAGUUAUUUUCGAGGACUGGUUUACUUCUAUGGCGUUGCCCUAUUUCAUGAAUCUGAACAAUGACUUGCCGAAAGUGAUCAUCGGGGAUAACUUAGCCUCCCACUUGUCAUAUAAAGUGAUGAAAAGCUGUUUAGAGAACAGCAUUCGAUUUGUUUUUCUCCCCCCUAAUGCAACGCAUCUGUGUCAGCCGUUGGAUGUGGCAUACUUCAGACCCCUGAAGCAGGCCUGGAGGAAAACACUGGACAUUUGGAAGAAGCAGCAUAGAGGGUCAGUUCCGAAACAUAUUUUCCCGCGUCUACUAAAGGAAGCACUAUUGAAUAUUGACAAAUCUAUUUACAGAACACAGCCACAGCAAAAUCUUGCGUAUCAAAUUCGAUAGCACUAAAAUCUCGUUCACAAAAUGUCAUCUCCGGCUUCAGGGCAACAGGUAUUUUUCCUUGUAAUCGUAAUGCAAUUCUGAAGAAAUUGCCUGGCGGAAACAAACCGGUAACGCCGACAAAUGGAUCAUUCUCAGAGUAGUUGAUCAACCUAUUCAAGGCGGAACGGUAUUCGCAGGUUGAAAAAUCGUAUACUCCAAGUGACUGUUGGAGAAGAACAUCUCGCACGUUUUGAUAUCAACGAAGAUUGAUCAAAGGUUGUUCAAUCAAAUAAUUCAACAUCUGUGGAGAAAGCUAGUUGUAAUCGUACAGCGGACGCACAUUCUACAUGUCUAAAACAACAGCGAAUAAUAAAAAUCAAAUAAGAACCCGAAAAUUUGUCGUAUUCAGAAGCUGACGAAAACACGGAUCCUAACUGUUCCGCAGUAAGCUGUGGCCAAAGAAAGCGUCGUGGCCGACCCGCCAAGAUCAAACAAGAAGAGGAAGAAGACUCAAAGAAAAAUCUUGUGAACAACGAAGGAAAAAAAUCGAAACGGAAGUCGAAGAAGCCAACCAGUCGCUGUGAUUUUCAAACGAAAACUCGAACUAUGCAUCAAUGUAUUACCAUUGUUAC